AUGCCGUUAAGUGAAGGUGGCUUCCAGGCAAUCUCCACCAUCUGCUCUCUCGGCUCCAUCCAUGGAGGAAGAAGAAGCAGGAAAAAGAAAAGAAACGCCAGCGGCGGCGGCGAAUCAGACACGCAAAGAGGAAAAAAAGUCUUCCGCUCGGCCAAGAGGGAGAAAACAAAAAAGAGUGGGAAGCGGUUGAACUGCUUUUUCGGUUUCGCCUCUCGAGGGAUGUCAAAGGCGCGGAGCAUUUCAACGGUGGACGGAGGAGGGAGAAGGGAGAGACUGCGGCAACGAGACCAGCGGACGGCGGACGUCUUCCUCUUCCUGGUGGCCUUUCGCAUCCUCAACGCUCUUCUCGUCCGCACGUUCUUCCAGCCAGACGAAUACUUCCAGUCGCUGGAGCCCGCAUGGAGGAUUGCUUUUGGCCGGGACAGUGGCGUCUGGAUUACAUGGGAGUGGGAGCACCAACUGCGCUCGUCGCUACAUCCGUACCUCUUCGCGGCCGUGUAUAGGGUGGUCGAUGCGGCGGCCUCACACCUCUCGCCCCUGCGCCGGGCUGACCUGUUGGUGGCAGGGCCCAAGGUUGCGCAGGGCUUCAUCUCCGCCGCGGGGGAUUACUUUACGUGGAGACUGGGUAGCAAGAUAUACGGGGGCAGGCCAGAGAGCUCUUGGGUCCUUGGGUUGACCGUUUUGAGUCCAUGGCAGUGGUUCUGCUCUACGCGGACGCUGUCGAACUGCCUGGAGACCAGUCUCACCAUCGCUGCCUUGUAUCUAUGGCCGUGGCAGUGGUCUCUCUCGAGGAGACCCCUGUCUGACGACGUUACCAGUCUGGCGUAUACCACUCUCCGCCAAGGUUGGGGAUCGCAUCCAUGGACCAAAUCCCUAGCACCACUCUUCAUCCUCGUCCGGGAAUGCUUCAUCUGCGGGUCUGCAGUCCUGACCAUCUCCGUGCUGGCAGACCAUACGUACUACGGGGCGUGGACUCUGCCGCCGUUCAGGUUCCUCUACUUCAACGUCGUCCAGUCUCUGGCUGUCUUCUACGGCAAGAAUGACUGGCACUAUUAUCUUUCUCAGGGAUACCCGCUGCUGCUCAUCACUGCCCUUCCCUUUGCCCUCAUCGGCAUGUUUCAAUCCUUGGCCAUGGAUCCCGGAGCUUCUUCUUCCAACAGCCUUUCUGCCACAGUCAGACGGCAGCUGGCCAUUGCUUGCAUCGCCAUGCCGGCAGUACUCUCUCUUGUUCCCCAUAAGGAGGUCCGCUUCAUAUACCCAUUGCUACCCUGUCUUCACAUCCUAGCGGCCGCUCCGGCCUCUCAAUUCUUCACUCCUUCAAUAUCUUCCGCCUCAGGGUCAUACACACCACGGAGAUUACUCUUGGUAUUCUUAGUUCUAGUCAACGUGACCAUCGCUAUAUACGCCUCCAUAAUACACGCCUCAGGUGUGAUCAAUAUACUCGGGUACCUUCGCGAACAGCAAGACGCCCACUAUCAGUACGAGCCCGCAAAAGGCCUUACAGCCGGAUUCCUGAUGCCCUGUCACAGCACCCCGUGGCGCUCGCACCUUGUAUCCCCUCACAUCCGUGCCUGGGCACUAGGCUGCGAGCCGCCAGUCAACCUAUCCCCAGAGGAAAAGGCAGCCUACGUCGACGAAGCAGACCUAUUCUACAACAACCCUUCAGACUUCCUCUCUCAACGGAUGUCCAGCACCGGUAUGCUCUCCAAGCACUUCACAUCAACCUCUACCACCCCCAAGCACGAAUGGCCCGAUUACCUCAUCUUCUUUUCCCCUCUCGAGCCGACUCUCAAACAAUCCCUUCGCUCCUCUUCGUACGCCGAAUGCUACCGCACCUUCAACACAGCAUGGCACGACGACUCACGCCGAAAAGGUGACGUGAUAGUCUGGUGCCGCGAUGCAAAACUCCAAAGUGCCUGGCGUUCCCGCGCCAACCACACUGCGGAACCUACUACUCAAAGUGAUAAAAAGGCCCAGAGCCAACAACAGCGUAGCUUCGAUCGGAUCAUCGAUGUAUUGGCCAGAGAGCGAGACGGUAGCAACACGCAACCGUCUCUAUCGUCGUCAUGGUGGAGGCCAUGGUGGAGCAGUAGCGACAGCGACAGGACGCCGGACAUAAAGCAGAAGAAAAACAUCUUCUCGUCAUUCUCGGCCCCAUUUUCGUUUCCUUCCACCAAAUACUCGCCAUGGUCGUUGGCUCAGCGCCAGUCAUCGUGGAAAUGGCCGUGGCAACGGAAACACAAUAUAGUCUCGGCAUAUCAGAGGAUCAUGUCCCGGCGACAGACCUCCAAUGCCCAACGGGACCUGUGGUCGUAA